AUUUUCGUUAUUGUCGCUAGCUACACGCUACUGGAGACUUGAAUUCACACGCACACAAUUUGAAUAUAAGAAUGAUACCGUUCUGCCUAUAUGAUGUCGGAAUUUAGCCCUGAACUUAUUGAUUAUUUAGACGGAAGGAUCUCAUUCGAGGAAUUUGAGAAAAGAAGAGCUGAGCGGAAAGCGAAGGAGAAGGAAAGCAAAAAGGGGAGUCAGGAGUUCGGCUCCGGUGAAGAUGCAACAUGCGAGGAUGGAGAGGAUGCUUCACCGAGCACAUCGCGCGCUGCUCGAAAAACACGGAGACAACGCACCGGUGAGACAGAAGAGGGGAUAAGUCCCUCUGUACACCAGGCCUUUGCCUCCAUGCUUGGUGAAGGGGGUGAAGAAGAGGACGAGGAGAACGAUGAUGAUGAUGAUGACGACGAUGAAGACGAUGACUUAAACAAAGAUAAGGACGAUAACGAAGGGGAGGUAGAAGGGGAGGAGGAUGCUGAGAACGAGGGCAUCACGGCAGGGGACGUGUUUGCUCUGGAGAUGGAACUCAAUCGUGAGAAUAAGAAAAUGAUGAAGGAGAAGCGCACUCGGAGCAAACUGCCGCGGGCCCUUAGAGGACUCAUGGGCGAGGCCAACAUCCGCUAUGCCCGUGGGGACAAGGAAGAUGCCAUCCUAAUGUGCAUGGAGAUCAUUCGGCAAGCUCCCCUGGCCUACGAGCCCUUCUCCACCAUGGCUAUGAUCUAUGAGGACCAGGGGGACAUGGAGAAGGCCCUUCAGUUUGGCCUGAUCGCCGCGCACCUCAACCCCAGCGAUUGUGAGGAGUGGGUCAAGUUAGCUGACAUGUCCUUGGAGCAGGACAACAUCAAGCAAGCCAUCAUCUGCUACUCUAAAGCCAUCAAGUACGACCCGACGAACGUGCGUUUCCUGUGGGAGCGCUCCAGCCUGUAUGAGCAGGUGGGCGAGCACAAGCAGGCCAUGGAUGGCUACCGCCGCAUCCUCAACCUGCUGCCUCCCCACGACGGAGAGCACUUCAUGCAGCUGUCACGGGACAUGGCCAAGAGCUACUACGAGAGCAGUGAGCUGAUGUCUGCCAUUGGCGUGAUGGAGGAGGCGCUGAAGCGCCACCCGGAGCUGGUCUCUCCCGAGUGCAUCAACAUGGCCGCCGAGCUCUACAUCGCCAACCACCAGCACAACAAAGCCCUGCAGGCGUUGGUGAAGUUCUGUAAGAUUGAGCUGAAGAAAGAGGAGCCGAAGACCGAGCCAGUGGAGCAGCAAGUAGAAAAUGAGGAAAAGAUGGAUGAGGGGGAGGAGAAAGAAGAGGAGAAGGAGAAAGAGGAAGAAGAAAAAGAGAUCGAAGAACCACUUGGAGUGGUGUUGGAGGUCAUUGUCCCAGACGAAGUGCCUGUAGACAUCAGAGUGAAGUUAAUGGUGUGCUUUAUACAUCAGCAUGUGUACAAGCCUCUGGAUCCCAUGUUGACCUCUCUGAUGGAGCAGAGCCCUGAGGAGCUGGGGGAUCUGUAUCUGGACGUGGCGGAGGCCUUCCUGGACGAGGGCCAGUACAACUCAGCUCUCCCGCUGCUUUCGGCGCUCGUCUGCUCCGAGAGGUACAACCUGGCCGUGGUGUGGCUCAGGCAUGCAGAGUGUCUUAAAGCUCUGGGACACAUGGAUGUGGCCGUGAGGAGCUACAGGAAGGUGGUGGAGAUGGCUCCUCUGCACCUGGAGGCGCGCCUCUCCCUCUCCACCCUGCAGCAGCAGCUGGGCCGGCCUGAGCGCGCCCUCGAGGCCCUGGAGUCCAUGUACGACCCCGAAACACUCGCCCAAGACUCCAGCGCUGCUCAACAGGAACUGAAGUUGCUGCUACAUCGCUCCACACUUCUCCUCUCCCAGGGCAAACAGGCUGACUACUUAGACACUCUUUUGACCAUGCUGGCCAUGCUACUGAAGAUGGCCAUGAUACGCGCCAGGGUGUGUUUGAUCUCUGAUUCUGGUCACCUGCACCUGACCAGAGCCUCUGGGCGUAAGGUGACUGACGUCGCUGACCAGGAGACAGCCUAUCAGGACAUCGUAGGAAAGACCAGUGUGUUGUCACGGGAGGACUGGUGGCAACUGCUGCUGCGCUGUGUGAACAUCCUCUGUGACUGCCAGCGCUUCGGCGAGGCUGAGCUCAUGGUGGACACCUCGCUGCAGUACGACACCUUCUACGAUGAACGGGUCAAGCGCAAGGAGCUGGGCUACCUGGGCCUGUCCACCGCCUUCCUGGACCGCAACUUCUGCAAGGCCUACAACUACAUCAGGCUGAUGCUGAUGGACUCCGUCGAGCGGACGCAGCUGUGGAACGUGUUCAACCAGGUGACGCUGCACUCGCAGGAUGUGCGCCACCACCGCUUCUGCCUGCGCCUCAUGCUCAAGAACCCUGAGAACCUAGCGCUAUGUGUGCUCAACGGCCAUGCCUCGCUCGUCUCCGGCAGCUUCAAGCACGCCCUUGGCCAGUAUGUUCAGGCCUUCCGUAUGCAGCCGGAUCACCCACUCCACAGCCUGUGUGUGGGCCUCACCUUCUUCCACAUGGCCUCACAGAAGUUUGUCAUCAAGCGCCACUCUCUGGUCAUGCAGGGUUUCUCAUUCCUCUGGCGCUAUGUGGAGCGCCGGGGCCACUGCCAGGAGAGCAUGUACAACUUGGGCCGCGCGCUGCACCAGCUGGGGCUCAUGCACCUGGCCAUUCACUACUACCAGAAAGCCCUGAGCCUCCCCCCGCCCUCUCUGGAGGGAAUUGAUGAUGACCAGGUGGAUCUACGCAGAGAGAUUGCCUAUAACAUGUCACUCAUCUAUCAGUCCAGUGGUAACAUUGAAAUGGCCAGGCACUUGUUAUACACCCACUGCACUGUCUAGCUCAUCAUGCAAAGACACUGUGCUAUGCCUACAAAACAUCGUAGGAGUGGACUGCGGUUUUGCAGUUGUGUAAAUGUUGUAAAAUAUUGAGGUUUAUUUUUUUUUUUAAUAAAGGGAUUUGAUAUUCUGA